ACGAAGACGCCGGUCGUCAUUUUCAUAUUGAACACUAGAAGAAAACACUCCAUCGAGCCCGUGAAAAGAACACUAUCUCGGACUGAGUCAAAGGGAGCAGCCGAGUCUUUUAUGUUGAGGCUGCUCAUCAACAACAAACUCACGAGACAACAUCUAGAAAGAAUACAAUGAGUAAAGUGCUUCUGGCCUAUGUGGUCGCCGAUGGCCUCUUCCUUUUGAUGGGCAUCUUCAUGAUCGCCUUCUCCGUCAUUGUUCAGAACAUCCAGUUCGAGAUCCCUACAGAAGGACAUCAAGCAGCAAGGAACCUUUUGUACCAGAGGUUUCCUCUCACAGCUGGUAUCGUGAAUGCCGUCUUCAUCUUCGUCACUUUCCUCUUCACUAUCCCCGGUGUCAUCACCCCCGCGCGAGGAUGGCUCAAGAUGGGCGGCUGGAUGACCACCGUCUGCGGCAUCUUCAGCCUCAUCAUCGGUCUCUAUCUCUGGAUCCUGACCCUCACCACUAAGGAGGACUUUGCGCCGCUGUAUUUCCGCCAGACUCCUGAGAUCCAGCAGCUUAUGCAGUCAGCCUUCCAAUGCUGCGGCUACUUCAACAGCACCUCACCGGCCUUCGUCACCGACGACAUCUGCUCCAGCCCAGCCGCCGCCGCGCUCAUGCGUCCCUGUGCGACUCCCAUCAACUCCUUCGCCAACGUCCUGGUCGACAACAUAUUUACUGCGGUCUUCGGCAUGGUCGGUAUCGACGCCGUCCUCAUCGUGGCUACCGCUUGUCUGCUGAAGGAGCGCAAGGAGAGGGAGCGCUUCCGUCACAUCGACGAGAAGAGUGGUGUUGUUGGAUUCUGAAAGAGGGUUACGCAAGC